AGGGCGCUCGAUGCCACCGAGGUGCCCUAUGCUAUUGCCACCGAUAACCUGCAGUGUCGGGAGAGGAGGCAAGCCCCGGACCUGGUCAGUGAUGAGGUGGAGAGAGAGCUGCUGAAGGAAGCUGAACUUAUCAGAAAUAUCCAGGAGCUUUUGAAAAGAACUUUGACGCAAGCUGGUAACCAGAUGCGAUUAAAUCGAGAUCACAAAGAGAUUUGUGAAAUGGACUGGUCAGACAAAGUUGAAACAUACAACAUUGAUGAUAAAUGUGGAAGAUACAGUAACCAGAGCACCAACAUCCAGUUCCAUCCUACUUCAGUGAAGUUUGAAGAGAGUGCCUCAACACCGGAGACAUGGGCCAAGUUCAGUCAUGACAACAUCUAUAGGGCAGAACGAGAAAAAGUGGCUUCCAUCAAUCUUCGUGCCUUGAUUGACAAUAUUCUUCAUGACGUAUCUGAGGACCUGAGGAUGCAAUGUGCUGCUGUUAAUGAGGCUUUUGCCAAACACUGUGAGGAGCUGGAUGAUACAAAACACAAACUAGAGCAUCAUUUGAAAAAAAUCCUUAAGGAGAUUGGCGAUCAAGAAGCUAAUAUCGCCGCUCUCAAACAAGCUAUCAAAGACAAAGAAGCCCCAAUGAAAGUUGCUCAAACAAGGCUGUAUGACAGGUCUUUUAGGGCCAACGUAGAGCUCUGCAGAGAUGAAACACAAUUCAGGUUGAUCAGUGAAGCUGAAGAACUAACAGAGUCCAUUGAAUCCCUGAAGAAAAAACUGCUGGAAUCUGAACAGUGUCUGAGGAACCUGGAAGACACACGGAUGAAUUUAGAAAAAGAAAUAGCUGUGAAAACAAACAGUAUUUUUAUUGAUAGGCAGAAGUGCAUGGCCCAUCGCACACGCUACCCUGUUGUUCUUAAAUUAGCAGGUUACCAGUAGUAAUCUCUGUACUAACUAUGCAAAGUCUGAAAGAAAAAUGUAGUCUAGAAUCUUUCAUAUAAAAUACAUGGAUAAUAUUAUACACAGAAGUACUGUAUUCACUGUUAUUUUCCUCUACUUUCCUCUAUUUGGGGUAAAAUGCAUUAG